UUUUAUACUUAUUCGAAGUAUCAAACUGGGACAUGUUGAAAUUCUAGUACUUUUAUACAGCAACUACUUUUAUUUGCAUCGUUGGUAUUUUUGCAAAAAAUAUUUUUGUACGGUAAUUUGUCUACUUUUGCGAGAAGAUCUACUACUCUGUAUGACACAGUUGUUAAGGUUCAGUACAGUUGCACUUUCAUCCGACUGCCGUGGUCGAAAAAAAAGGAAUAAGUACAUUCUCUCUGGUUAACAAGCAAAAAUUUCGAAAAUUUCGAAAAUGAGGAAAGCUCUGUGGAAGGCGCAUUAGUAAGGUGAAAGUAAGACCUGUGCGUCACGUAAAGGAAGAUAGCGAAGGUCUGUCAUUAUGAGAAGUGGUUAUGUUUUUCGCUGGAGAGCUGUUUAACGACAAUGGCGGCAAUGUCCCCGUCGAAGCGGAGAUUACAGAGGGAGUUGAUGUCCUUGGUGCGUGAACCUCCUCCUGGAGUAUUUGUUGAUGGCGAUGAGGUGGGUCAGAAUCUAACACAAUGGAUUGUUCACAUGGAGGGAGCCAAAGGGACAUUGUAUGAAGGAGAACAGUUUCAACUACAAUUCAAAUUUAGUUCCAAAUAUCCGUUCGAUUCACCAGAAGUUACCUUUAUCGGAGGUAACAUUCCAGUACACCCACACGUCUAUAGCAAUGGUCACAUUUGUCUAUCCAUUCUGACGGAUGAUUGGUCGCCAGCACUGAGUGUGCAAAGCGUAUGUCUCAGCAUAGUUUCUAUGUUAAGUAGUUGCAAAGAAAAGAAAAGGCCACCAGACAAUUCCUUUUACGUUAAGACAUGCAAUAAAAAUCCAAAAAAAACAAAAUGGUCAUACCAUGACGACAGUGUCUAAAAUUGCUGCUAGAAUUACACUUGUCUAGGCUUGACAGUGUCUGGAGAAAUUAUAAAAUGUACGUUGCGAGUACAAUAAUAAAGAUAAAUGAAGUCACUACUAAAAUUGCCAAGAGUAUAUCUAUCGUAAAUGUAGGAAUCAAGUACUAUAAAUUAAAGGCUGCGAAGUAAAAUUUAUUGUAAUAAAAAAUAAAAAUGUAAAUCUCAUGAUUUAUUCAAUGUUAAAUUA